AUGAAAGACCCCCAUUUUACUUUAGGCACGACUUUUGCUUCCAAACAACAGUUUAGAGAAGCAGUUCAAAAUUAUGCUUUCAUAAAUGGCAAAGAAAUUAGAACACUUAAAAAUGACAAGGAAAGGGUCAUAGUUAAGUGUACACAGGAGGGUUGCCCUUGGAGAAUAGGCUUGAGGAAAGUAAUAGGCUCACUGUCAUGGAGAAUUUUGAACAUGAUAGAUGAACAUGAAGGGUGUUCUUGGGUUUGGGAGAAUUCUAUGGUCAAAUCUUCUGUGGUUGCUAAGAGGUGGUCUACUCACUUAAAAGACCACCCAGAUUGGAUGAUGAGAAAGUUCAAGGAUAAGGUGUGCAGUCAAGAAGGAUUUUAUGUGAGUGAUUCCCAAGCCUAUAGGGCUAUUUGGAGGGCAAAGAAGCUAGGAGAAGGUGAAGAGGAAGAUAACUUCAAAAACAUUUGGAGGUACUAUGAAGAAAUUUGUAAGACAAAUCCUAGGUCAAGAUGUAUUAUCAAGACCAGUGGCCUGCUAGAUGGGAGUGGACAAGAAAGAUUUUUGAGAAUAUAUGUUUGCUGGGACAGUAGCAAGCAAGGCUUCAAGAACUGUAGAAAACUGAUAGGGGUAGAUGGCUGUCACCUUAGAAGUGCAACAGGUGGGAUGCUACUGACUGCUGUGACUGUAGAUGCAAAUGAUAGUAUAUUUCCACUAGCUUAUGCUAUUGUGGAAGGAGAGAAAAGAGAGUCCUGGACUUGGUUUCUAAUGCUUCUAAAAGAUGAUCUGGAGAUAAGCCCCAAUGUGGAAGAUGAAUACUGUUUCAUAAGUGACAAACAAAAGGGAUUAAUUCAAGCAUUUGUGGAGGUGCUACCUGGUGUGGAGCACAGGUUUUGUAUGAGACAUUUGCAUGCAAAUAUGAAGGUGGCAGGUUUCCAAGGAAAGGCAAUUAAGGAUGCUGUAUGGGCUUGUGCUAGGGCAACCACUGUAAACAAAUUCAAUGAUGCUUUAAGAACAUUAAGGAGAUUAGAUGAAGAUGCAUACCAAUGGUUAGGUGAUAAGAGCCCAAAAGAAUGGUCUAGAUCCCACUUCUCUACAAGAUGCAAGUCUGACAUGUUGGUAAAUAACAUUUGUGAGUCUUGGAAUUCAUCUAUAUUGGAGGCAAGGGACAAGCCAAUCAUUGACUGCUUAGAGUGGAUAAGGAGGAUGAUCAUGGGUAAAUUAUUUGAGAACAGGCAGAAAGCAACUGAAUGGAAGGGUUUGAUAUCUCCUAACAUUGUCAAGAAGUUAAAGGUGAUUGAGAAGGAUGCAGCAGGUGUAGCUGAGUGGCCUAUGUGCUCCAGAAUCCCUCCAUUGCCACCUUUGUAUUCUGCAAAGAUAAAGCCAAAGAAGAGGGUCAUUUAUGCCCCUCACCAAAUCAGGACAGCAGCAGCACCACAAUCAGGUCAGCAGAGUGGAGUAGGGCAGCAGCAGCAUGGAGACUAG